UCACGGUGUUUGGUUCUUGGAAUGCAUUUGAUCCUUACCGCGACAUAAACUGGGCUUGGACAUAACCGACGAGCAGAUCCGCGAGAUGGAAUCCAACAUCCACAAGAUCGACUUCGUAGCCGCCGCCGAAGAAGAGAAACUGACCCGUCAUGACGUCAUGGCUCACGUGCACAUUUUCGCCCAACAGUGUCCCAGGGCGGCGCCCAUUAUACAUUUGGGUGCGACGUCGUGUUUCGUGGGCGACAACACCGACUUGAUCAUCAUCAGGGACGGGUUGGAUUUGUUGCUGCCCAGGGUCGCAUCGGUUAUGCAGAAUCUCACUAAGUUCGCCGAACAUUAUAGAUCGCUUCCAGCGCUCGGUUUCACCCAUCUGCAACCCGCCCAGCUGACCACUGUAGGCAAACGCGCGACUCUCUGGUUGUACGAUUUCCUGAUGGACGAACGCGCAUUGCGAAGGGCUCGCGAAGACCUCCGCUUCAGGGGCGCCAAAGGCACCACGGGGACCCAGGCCUCUUUCAUGCAGCUGUUCAACGACGGCGCCAAAGUGAGGCAGCUGGACAAGAAGGUGGCGGAGCUGAGUGGAUUCCACAAGACGUAUCCGGUUACGGGACAGACGUACUCGAGGAAGGUCGAUUUGGAGAUUGUCGCUGCGCUUUCAUCUCUAGGUUCGACGAUCCACAAGAUGUGCAGCGACCUGCGCCUGCUGGCCAACAUGAAAGAGAUCGAGGAACCUUUCGAGAAAAGCCAAAUAGGCAGUUCGGCGAUGCCUUAUAAACGCAACCCGAUGCGUUCGGAAAGGUGUUGCGCUCUGGCCCGCCAUCUCAUCACUCUGUUCUCGAACGCCGCGAACACGCACGCCGUGCAAUGGUUCGAGAGGACCCUGGACGACUCCGCCAACAAGAGGCUCACGCUAUCGGAAGCCUUCCUGAGCGCCGAUGCGGCUUUGAUGGUGUUGGUGAACAUCACUCAAGGAUUGGUGGUUUAUCCGAAGGUGAUCGAGAAGAGGAUCAAUCAAGAAUUGCCGUUCAUGUCUGCGGAGAACAUCAUAAUGGCGAUGGUGAAGAAAGGCGGGGACAGGCAGAUCUGCCACGAGAAAAUUCGGGUGCUGUCGCAAGAAGCGGGAACUCAAGUGAAGCAGUUUGGAAAAGACAACGAUUUUCUCGAUAGGGUCAGGGCUGAUCCUUACUUCAAGCCUAUCAUUGGAGAGUUGAACAGUCUGUUGGAUCCUUCUACUUAUAUUGGUAGGGCAGCUGAACAGGUUGCUGAGUUUAUUGAAGAGGAAGUGCAACCUGUGCUGGAUCUGUAUAAAGAGCAUUUGAAGAACGAAAAACCUGUUACGUUGAACAUUUAGUUUUUUGUUGGUCCCCAGUAUAUUUCUAUCAUUUUUCGAUAAAGUAAUAUAUGUUAUUUUUCGUUAUUA